AUCAAAAACAUCCCAGCGAAACGAACCCAAAUGGAUCUCCUCUGCAGCGCUUACGCUGCCGCCGCCUCCGACGACGACGACGACGACGACGAAACAGACCAAUCGAAAGAGCUUCUAUCUCCUCCUCCACCACCAAAGAGAGCGAGAUCGUCGUCUUCACCAUCAGAACGAUUCUAUUCCUAUCAUCCGAAGAUCGGCGAUCAAUCCUAUUCGCGUUUAUCUCGACCGCCUCCACUUUCAACGGAGGAGGCUAAGGGCAGAUACGUGUCAAAGCGAGAGAGGGCGAUGCUCUCUUGUCCUUCAUCAUCAUCACCUUCUUCUUCUUCUUCUUCUAGGGUUUCUGAUGCUCCGGCUCCUUAUCCUCAAGCUCACACGGUCAGCACGACUCCUGUUGUUGGAAGCAUCGCUGUUUCAGAUCUGCCAUCUGAUAUUUUGUCAUUGUUGAGGUCUCGAACAACUGUUCAUGCCAACAAAGUAGCCGGAAGAUCAGCUAUUCUAUUAAGUGGCCACACUGGCGCUGUCAAUUCCAUAGAAUGGUCGCAGAGUCAUGCCCAUCUUCUUGCUUCUUCUGGAAUGGAUCAAACCGUCCAUGUAUGGAACAUAUGGAGCAAAGAUCAGAAGAAAGCACGCAUCUUCAGAUAUCAUAAUGCAGCAAUAAAGGAUGUGAGAUGGUCUAUGCAGGGGUUAUCUCUACUCUCCUGUGGAUAUGAUUGCGCAUCUCGGCUAGUCGAUGUUGAGAAGGGGGCAGAAACACAGUUGUUUAAGGAGGAUCAAGUAGUGGAAACAAUUAGAUUUCAUCCAAGUGACUCAAGCCUUUUCCUUUCGGGUGGGUCAAAAGGCAUUCUUAGACUUUGGGACGUUAGAUGUAGUAAGGUGGUACAUGAAUAUGUAAAAGGUCUUGGUUCGAUCCUUGACAUUGAAUUUAGUAAUGAUGGAAAACAUUUUAUUGCAUCCACUGACACUUCAAGGAGCAGGAUUAGUGAAAAUUCUAUAAUCGUAUGGGACGUUGCACGAGAAGUUCCUUUAUCCAACCAGGUUUAUGGUGAGGCGUAUACCUGUCCUUGUGUAAGAUAUCACCCCACAAAUGCUUGUUUUGUUGCACAAUCAAAUGCCAACUACAUAGCAAUAUUCUCUUCUAGGCCUCCCUUCAAAUUGGACAGGUAUAAAAGAUACGAGGGACAUGGAGUAUGGGGAUAUCCUAUCAAGUGCAAUUUUAGCUCUGAUGGUAAGGAGCUUGCAUCAGGAUCUUCGGACGGGUGUAUUUAUUUCUAUGACUACAAAUCGUCAAGGUUCUUGAGGAAGAUCAAGGCUUUUGAGGAGGCAUGUGUUGAUGUUGCAUUUCACCCCUUGAUUCCUAAUGUAAUAGCAUCUUGUAGUUGGACUGGGGAAAUUUCUGUUUUUCAGUAAGAUGUUCUUUUUUUUCUUAUUUUUCCCAAAUUUCUUGG